AUGGGUCGACAGACAAUUCGCUCCUCCCACGCAAAUGAUCCACGCCGUCAACCCACUAUAAAGACGCUGAUCCCCUAUGCGGAGCUCAUUCGCCUCCACCGCCUGGGUGGGAAUCUCAACAUCUUUUUUCCCUGCUUCUACGGCUACAUCAUCACUGUUCUGACUACGCACCCUUUGCCGAGUCCUCCUAAGGUCUUCGGAUUUCGCCUGCCUCUGAUGGUUGCAUCAGCAUUCCUACUCCGAUCAAUGGGAUGUGCAUGGAACGAUAUUAUGGAUGCCAGCGCUGAUCGUCAGGUGGAACGUACUCGAUCCCGUCCCAUGGCUCGCCGAGCGAUCAGUGUGCCGAUGGCCUGCUUUUUCACAGCAGGUCUAUUCGUCUUGUGGAUCUCGACAUUGAUACCACUUAUUCCGGAUCAUGGACAUCUCGUUGUCUACACUCUGCCGCAGAUACUCAUGGUUCUGAUUUAUCCACUUGGCAAGAGAGUGUCGUAUUAUGCCCAAUUUUGGCUAGGAAUCACACUUGGAUGGGGCGUUUUUCUUGGUGCGGAAAUGGCAGGUUUCGAUGUUGUCACCCAUAUCACCAAGGCAUUCGGAGCGUUGCUUGAGGGGAAAUAUGUUCCUAUAAGGCGGCUAUCACCAUUGAAUGAACCUCGUGUGCAUUCUCUGGGUGCCUGCUAUGCCGGGUAUGUCGUUUGGUCCGUUAUUUACGACACAAUAUAUGCCUUCCAAGACGUCCGAGACGACAGAAAAGCUGGAUUGAAGAGCAUGGCUGUCCUCCUUGGAGCGAAAGCAAAACCCUUGCUAGCAGUCCUAUCGGCCUUUCAGGUGUUAAUCUUUGCGUACGUUGCCGUGCUUAUCCGGGCCGAACAACUUCCAGAUGCAUUUCACAAUGUGCUCGAACCCCGCGAUAUCCUUAAAAACAUGUGGAGCUAUUUCCUCUACGCUGUCCUAGGCAACUUUGUGGCUCUGGCUAGCAUAAUCGCGAAAGUUGACCUGGAGGACCCGAAGAGUUGUAAUUGGUGGUUUCAGCACGCAAACAUCUGGGUCGGUGUAAGCAUUGGGGCUGGAUUAGUAGCGCAGUAUAUUUUCAUGGCACUCUAA